AUGGCCCAGAAAGUGGUAUUGAAGGUGUUAACCAUGACUGAUGAUAAGACCAAGCAGAAAGCCAUAGAAGCUGCAGCUGAUAUCUUCGGAGUUGAUUCGAUAGCAGCAGAUAUGAAGGAGCAAAAAUUAACGGUGAUUGGUUCGAUGGAUGCGGUUGCGGUGGUAAAGAAGUUGAAGAAGGUCGGUAAAGUCGAUUUGAUAUCGGUUGGGCCGGCGAAAGAAGAGAAGAAAGAAGAGAAGAAGGAAGAGAAGAAAGAUGAAAAGAAGGAAGAGAAGAAAGAAGAGAAGAAGGAAGAAGAACCUAAGAAAUAA